CACUGGGUGACCGGCCGGCAGAUGCGCUUUGAGGGCGGUUUCCAAGGUCGAUGCAACAAGCUGGUGGACGGCUGCUACUCCUUCUGGCAAGCUGGCCUCCUGCCCCUGCUGCACCGCGCCCUCCACGCCCGGGGAGACGCUGCGCUCAGCAUGACGCGCUGGAUGUUCGACCAGACGGCGCUGCAGGAAUACAUCCUCCUGUGCUGCCAGUGCCCGGCCGGGGGGCUGCUGGACAAACCCGGCAAAUCCCGGGAUUUUUAUCACACUUGCUACUGCCUGAGCGGCUUGGCCAUCGCCCAGCAUUUUGGGAGCGGUGACCUUCACCACGAGGUGGUUUUGGGUGUCCCUGAGAACCGACUGCAGGCCACACACCCUGUCUACAACAUCACCCCAGAAAAGGUGAUGCGAGCGGUGAUGCACUUCUUGCAGCAGCCCGUGCCCGCUGUGGAGCCGGUGGCUGCUGCUGAGUAG